UUGGAUGACCGACACGUUUCAAAUAGAGUUCACCUGUGUUCGUAGUGACGCGGCGAGUCGAGGACGGUGGGCGGAGUCACGGGACUCGAUAUAUGGAGCACGCCGUGGUAGCGAGGGAGGCGGGCUUCGCUUCGUUGAUGGGAUCGAGGAUCUGAAGGCCACCGGAUUAGGAUCGAACGGCGAGGAUGGGUGUGGCGAGCGACGACGUGGUGGUGAUCGAGGUUGCGAAGCGGGCAGGCGAGCCGAGCGUCGUCACCGUCAAUUGCCCCGACCAGACCGGCCUCGGCUGCGAUAUCUGCCGCGUAAUCCUCGAGUUCGGCCUCUGCAUCACCAGAGGAGAUGUCUCAACCGAUGGCCGAUGGUGCUACGUCGUGUUCUGGGUUGUCAAGCUUUCGGCCUCCAUGAACAUUCAAUGGGAGAAUUUGAAGAAUCGGCUAAUGUCCAUCUGCCCCUCUUGCUCCAUCCCAUUCUACUUUGAUCUGGUGAAUCCACCCACGUCUGCUCAGGUUUAUCUUUUGAAGUUGUUCUCUGUGGAUCGGAAGGGGUUAUUGCAUGAUGUCACUCAAGUUCUUUGUGAGCUCGAGCUUUUGAUCCACUGGGUUAAGGUCUCAACAACUCCAGAUGGUAGAGUCGUGGACCUUUUCUUUAUUACAGAUGGCAUGGAGCUCCUACACACUAAAGAACGACAGGAUGAGACAUGUGAAAGAUUAAUUGCAGUUUUAGGAGAGUCUGUAAAUCGAUGCGAGAUUCAGUUAGCUGAAGAUUUUCAACAAGGUGUCUCUUCUCUGCCGCCGGUAGCUGCUGAAGAAUUAUUUAGCUUGGAGCUUUGUGAUGAUGAAUUUUGUUCACAGGCACUUAGUCCAGAUAUGAAGAAACUGAAGAAGGCUAAUGUCAACAUUGAUAAUUCAUUGAGCCCUUCUCACACUUUGCUACAAAUCCAUUGUGUAGAUCAGAAGGGCCUCCUCUAUGAUAUUAUGCGGACCUUGAAGGACUGCGAUAUUCAGAUAGCUUACGGCCGGUUCCUAUCAGACAUGAAAGGCUCUCGGGAGGUGGAUCUUUUCAUUCAGCAAACAGAUGGAAAGAAGAUUGUUGACCCUGUGAAGCAGGAUAUCCUCUCUCGUAGGUUGAGAUUGGAAAUGCUCCAUCCUAUGAGAGUGAUGAUCGCCAACCGUGGCCCAGAUAUCGAGCUUCUUGUUGCAAACCCAGUUGAAAUGUCCGGGAAAGGGAGGCCUCGAGUCUUUUACCAUGUCACACUAGCUCUGAAACUGCUCGGCAUCUGCAUAUUCUCUGCUGAAAUUGGCAGACACACAACAUCUGAGAGACAAUGGGAGGUCUACAGAUUUCUGUUGGAUGACAGCCUAGAACUUCCACUAGCAAAUAGCCAGAGUAGAAGUCAGAUUGUGGAUACAGUGAGGAGAACACUAAUGGGCUUCUGAGCUACUGUAAUAUUCAAAAGGUUCACCGUGCUUGGUUACUUGUAAGUCCUCUAGUAUUCUCUCAAUGCAUUUGUUUCUGCAAUGGUGGUUGUGAACACGCUGUUCUUGUGUUGGACAAGAUAUAUUCUUCAUCUAAUAUUUAUGAUCAGGUACUAGGCAUUUUGUCA